CCACGCACUGCUCCAGAGUCUAAACAACUUCGAGUUUUGGGAAUCUUUUCGGAACCGCGUUAGACAAAUACAUCAGCGCCAGAGCUUCAGCAAAGCUUCAAGCCAUUUUAUUUGUCUACUUGGACGUUUUAUUACUAUUUUAUAUACAUUUACACUCGACUUUUUUACUUUGCCGCUGUUCUUUUUUCCCCUUUUUUUCUUUUUCUGGUCGUGAAGAUGAGAAAUCUGUGGCUGCUGUUUCUCGUCGCGCUUUCGAUGGGAUUUUUUAGCACCAAAAGCAGUGUCUUUUGCCAGUCAUUUUCCACAGUAGAUGACUUGUAUAUAGAAGGUCAACCAUCAGGUGACCUCCCUGUUGAUGAUGAAGAUGGGGAAGACGAUGGAUCAGGCUCUGGAUCAGGAGAUUAUGCUUUCGUGCACCUCUCAGAGAAUGAGAAAGUCUUCACGAGAGUCUGGAACUUCCCACAGACCACACUUUCCAAAGAAAUGCCACAGCCAACGACAGGCUCCCCCAACACCUCCCCAACUACAGAAACAACCAGCCAGGACAAAGUAUUCCAAACAACAAGCAGGGAUAACAGUGUUUUCCUUAAGCCUGCUGAGGAAUUGAUGACGCCAGAUACAUACUCAUUUGACCCCACCAGUCCUGCUCCGAGACGCACACCUGCCAGCGAAACGUCUGCUGCUGACACAAAUAAAGUCAACAGUAAUGACAACAGCAACAGAAAUCUGGACAACAAAAUCUCAGCCAAGGAAAUUGAAAAUGACGUUUCAGCCGAAAAGGGUCAAUUUAACAACAUGGAAGUAACCUCUGAGAACUUGUGGGAGAGGACAGAGGUCCUGGCAGCUGUGAUAGCAUGUGGUGUGGUUGGAUUCCUCUGUGCGGUCUUCCUCCUCCUCCUCCUGGCUUAUCGCAUGAAGAAGAAAGACGAAGGAAGCUACGACCUGGGAGACACGAAGCUCUCUGCCACUGGCUAUCACAAAGCGCCUACCAAAGAGUUCUACGCCUGAACCGACCCGCAACAGCAGUGUAGAGGAGCAGCUACAGUGAUUCCCUUUAUGAAGACUGAAGUCAAACACCUUUGCUUUUCUCAACUUCACCAAACAGUUGUGUCUUUGGCGUUCCUGCUUUCCUCAUUCUGUUGCCCUACAUGAUUAUCAGCGUUUGUCCUGUCAGGGUCAUAAGUCUAAUUACAACAAAAGCUUUUUUGUCUUUUCUUUUCUUUACCAGAGAAGGACUUUGGCGAAACCAUUAAUUCAUGAAGUGCUGUUAUGAGAUUUUCCUCGGUAACACAGUGGACUUGUUCAAUUCUACUCUGGAAAGUUGUUAACGUUAAACAUCUGAUAACACUGUGCUGUCAGACCCACUGUACCGCUCUUAAGCUGGACCACACUGAAGUUUGUUGUCCCUUUUUUGAGGGUUUGAAAGCUUCUUCCUGAAAUGGUACUUUAUUUGGGACUACAAUAACGGAGGGUUCUCUACUACCUUUAAGGUCACUGCGUGUUAUCACUUGUUACAUUUCAUUUUCUAAAUGCUUCUUUGCUCAAAUGAAUAUUUUUGUGUCCUAUAAAUAAUAAGUGUCUUUUCAUAUGCAGUCAAGUAUUGCUGCUACUCUGCAGGUACUUCUCCGAAAUGUGUCACUUACACAACUGGCCAAAUAUAAUUGUAUUUGAUUUGUCUUUUGUCAGUAAUGUUUGUAACUUUUUAAAGAUGUGUAGAGAUGAUCUUUCAGCUUUGCAGAGAUUUUGGGUUUGUUAUCUUUCAGAUGCUUCAGCUCAAGUCUCUCAGGCUUAAAUCUUUGGAGCAUUUUCAGGAUCAUUUUGUUUGGGGACAGAGCCCUGCAGGCAUGCGGCGCAGGUUAAGCUGAUCCUAAUGUCUAUAAUUCAGAACCCAAAGAAAUGACCACUGCUCUUUCUGAUGGCAGCUGGAGCACAUUCCUUUCUGAUGGUCCGUUGCAUGUGGCUGUAGAAGCGGGUUUCAAGUCAAAUGUUUGAGUUUACAGAGCAGGGUCAGAGGUAGAAGUCCAGUUGCUUUUCGAUAUGUUUAACCUUCGGCUUCAAUAGGAUCAUUCAAUUUUAUCAACUAACCUACUGAAAAGCAGUUUUUUUUUUUUUAAUUUUAUUAUUCCCUGAUUUUCAGACUUUACCUCAAGCAGCCAAAAGCGUGUGAAGGGAGAAACAGGAAAAGCGCGAUGACAAACGCAGAAAUACUUAGACUGGUGUUUUCUACGUGUCUGAAAGUUGGAACUUCCCACCUUCUGUAAUGUCAUGAGACUGCAUUACAGAAGGUGACUGUAUUUUAAUUUUUUAUUGAAGUAUCGUACCAAAAAUAGUUUUAAUUACACCUUAUUACUUCAGAUCAAUUUUCUUCAGUAAUUAUUUAUGUUUUUCUCUAGAAAAUAUUUACAUUAAGUUUGAAAUGGCAUUCCUUUUUUUGCAGUAUUAUUGAUACUUUGUCUCUGUGAAAAACAAUCCUUCCUGUAGCAUUGGUACCACAGUAGAAGUGCUAACUUCCCCAUUGGCUGUGCUGGGACCAAAGAUGUGGUCAUCAUCUCACUGUGACUCACUGUAGAUAUUUAAUGACUGUUUCAGUCUUCAGUGCCUCACAGUGUUUUCUUUUGUCUGUACUAUCAUUCUAUCGGUGCCAUGCUUUUGGCUCUUGGCUUUGAGCUGUAGAAGAUCACAAGUGUUGGUUCUAGACUCCACUUUUCUGCUACACUGAGUUUUAGGAAACUUUUCAAAGUUCUCCCUAAACCCACAGAGGGUGAAGAUAAACAGCACUUGUUUGCAAUUCAACUGGUUUGAGAAAGUACCUUUUUAUUGUUUUAUUUGCAGUAAUUUAUACAAAUACACGUUAUCCUUACACACUCUAGAUCUAAACCUAGGAUUGUGCAGUGUUGUACAGAAAUAUAUCUUUGCAUCCUGCUACCUUUUCUGGUGAUAUAUCAUCCUUUAUUCAUAGUUUUUUCUACAUUUUACAAGUGUUAGUUAUAUUCUAUUUUAAUAUAAGACAAUAUAAAGGCCCCCUUUUAUGACUGAAUUUAUGAUCAGAAGUAAGUUACCAUUCCUUGUUUUAAGAAAUCAAACUUUGUCCUUGCCAGAGUGGAGAGUGACAGAAGUGCAGGUCGGCCUGCACGGACUUGCCGCUCAAAGGCGAGCGUGACCUUACGAUGGGACUCAGAUUUGGACAAUUCUUGCAUGUCAGUGGGAAAUCUUGUGAGGUUUGCUGCUGAAUAAAGAAUCUGACUUUCAUGUGAAUGUGACUGUUGCUGUUUUUAUUUGAUUAAAUGACUCAAUAUAUUGUGAA